AUGCCAAGGAGCCAUGAUAAGUGCCUCAGUAAUCAGAAUGAAGAGCAUUGGAGCGAUUCGGGAAUAGUUGAUGGGGACGGCGAGGAUUUGGAUGGAAGAAAGGAAUGCUGGAGGGCAAGUGCUCGGGAAGAUUCGCAUGAACGAAGAUCUGUGAGUGGGAGAGAAGUGGAGAAGCUGUUGUUUCGAAAGGGACAGCAAGCCGAGGUGGAUCUGAACGAAGCGAUUUCGUAUUUGAAUAGAAUCCGGGAGGAGUAUUGUAAUAAUAUGGAUGUGUAUGAUAAGUUUGUGGAGGUAAUGAAGGACUUCAAAUUUGGGAAGAUUGAUGCGCAAGAAGCAUGCAUGAAUGUAAGGGAGAUACUGAAAGCAAAGCCACAUCUUGUUGUGCGUUUUAAUGGAUAUCUUCCGAAGUACCUGAGGAAUAUGGAAGAUGGAUCUUGUGUGAAUGCAAGUAUGAAGCAUCGUAAGCGAAAAAGAUUGAAUGAAGGAAGCAAACAGGGAGUAGAGGAUGUGAUGACUGCGGUGUUUAUGAGUGAAGAGGCGGUAGAAAGCGAUGGGGUGUAUGCGAAGUACAGGGUUGAUGAAAGUCAGAAUGCCAAGGCCCCUGUAAUGAGUCGAUUUACUAACGUGCAUGAUGCGCAAAGCGGAAAAGAAGUACCUGAGGAGGUAAGCUCUGGGUUUAGGAAGGUAGAGGAAUAUGAGAAGAUGAAGGCCAAGCAAGCGCAUGAGUUUAUACAAAAAGUGAAGAAGCGAUACCACCAGAAUCCAAGCAUAUAUAGAUCUUUUGUAGAGCUGUUACAGUCACAUCAAGUGAAGAGUGGACUGUUUGACCGAAUGAAGGCGGAGGUCAAUAGCUUGUUGUGGGAGAGUCCAGAUCUUUGCGAGGACUUUGAAAAGAAUUUUGUUCCAUUGAAGCGAGUGGGAAUUAGUGGCGAAAAGGAUGUUCUACAAAGGAUUAAGGACGUGCUGAAAGAUAAGAAUCUCCUGGAUGAUUUCCUAAAAUGCAUUAAUUACUUUAAUCAAAAGUUUAUUAGUGAGAGGGAUUUGGUGGCGCUUGUAGAGCCAUUGCUAAGGAAUGAGGAACUGGUGAGGGGAUUUAAAGAGUUUAUUAAUUAUGCAGAGGUUGGGAAAGAAGUGCAUAAGACAGAUAGAUAUAAGAUGGAAGAUGGAUCGUACAAGAUUCUUGUGGAUGAAAUCAAGAGCAACAGGUACCAGGAGGGGAUUGCAAAGGAAGUUCUUAACUUUACAUGCAUAAGCUGUCCUAAGUUUGAAUCUGAAGAUUCGAAUUAUGUGUUUCUGAAGCGGAAUGUGCAUGAGGAGGCGCUAUUCCGAAUUGAAGAUGAGAUAUCUGAGGCGGACAUGGCGAUUGAGAGGAUACAGUACUUUGUAAGUGUGCUUGAGCAGGUUCUUGCAAGUAACGAGGAGUGUGAGAUUGGAAUAAAGGAUAUAAGAAUGUCACCUGGAGUGAUGAAGGAGGUUUUGAAGGGAGUUUAUGGACGGUCUGCAGCGGAGGUACUUGAAGGGAUUUUGAUGAAGCCGCAGAUAGCUAUUCCAAUAGUUAUAAAGCGAUUGUACAUGAUGAAUAAAAAGCUAAGGUUUUGUGUGAGGGAGCGAAGGAAAGUGUGGAAAGAAGUGAUUGAAAGGAACUAUUACAAAGCGCUGGAUGCGGUUGGGUCGUCGUAUAAAGCAAGUGAGAAGGAGAUUUUUACGAUGAAAAGCAUCGUUGAAAGUGCUGGUGAAGGAGCGUGUGUGUAUAUCGAUGAUUAUGAGGUAUUGAAUGAUGUAAAACGUUUAUGUGAGGCUUAUAUUCAAACUAGUCAAACUGAUAAUAAGAAGACAGCUGUGGAAGAUCUGCUGAGUAUGCUGAAUGAAGUGUUUGAGAAGUAUAUGCAUAAGGACUUCAGGAUUGUUUCUGAGUUUUCACUGUUUUGUAUAUAUAGAUUUGUUAUUUUUGCCUAUGAAAGAAUAGCUGAGGUAAAAAGAAUGAUUUUUGAAGGGAUUAUUAGUGAAGAGAUAGAUAGCAAAGAAAAAGAGGAGACUUAUAUGAAGUUGAUGGAUCUGUGUACUGAUUUUAUGAAGAAGGAGAUUGAUGGAUAUAGUUUUGAGGAAGGAGUUCGUGAAAUUACGAAGUGUAAGGGAUUUAGAUUAUACAACCUGAAGAAGAUGAUAUCCCGAAUAGAGAAGGGGAUUAUUUCGUUGGUUGAGAAUAAGUAUCUGAAUCCAUGUGACUUGAAAGGAACGGAGACAAGCAGUGGACUGUAUAGUCUUAGGAAAGAGAAUGAUUUUUUAGAAAUCAAAAUGAUUAAGCAUGAGCCGGGCUAUAAUUGGAACGAGUAUGUGAAGAGAUUUGAGCACUUAGCGUCUUGUCUAGAUAGUAAAGUAGAAGGUCCUUUUAUGAAAAGAGGAUGUAGAAGAGCACCAAUAGUAGGGCAUUUGGAGCAAAACCUUAAGGUAAUUCUGAAUCCGGAGACUUAUGCCAUGAGGUACGUAUUUGGAUCUGAGAUUUUUUAUGUUAAUCUGAAAUCAUAUUUGAGGAGGAUGUAA